AUGCGGCGAGUACCCUGCGAUCAACCUGGAAGUCACAAGCACCGAACAAACCCGACAAGCUCUAAUGACCAGUAUACUCAACGUCUCAGGAGGCGAUAUCGGGAAGAGAACGCCUUGGAUUCUGAUAAAGUAGCGACCCAUGCGAAGCAACUCCGUCGCACUUCACGAUUGCACAAUCACUACGACUGGUUCAUCCAGGCCAGCGGCUUCUUCUCUCUCGGACUCGAAAGCACCCUACCAAUCCCUCAACUCAUCACCAACUUCCGUCGGAAAUCACUGGCCGGGCUCAGCUCGAUGGUCCUGUUUGGCUGGCUGUUUGGGGACAGCUUCAAAUCGAUCUACCUGGUCUUCAUCACCCCAGACUCGAACUCGAUCCAAUUCAAAAUAUGUGCACUCUUUCAGCUGUCAAUCGAUAUCUUGAUCCUCGCCCAGGCGCUGAUCUAUCGGCGCCAGACCAAGCUGGAUUCCAUCGAGCUCGACGGCUCUCCCGACCACUCGGCUUCGGCGGUGUGA